AUGUUCUGCAAGGCAUCCCUGCUCACCGUUGCUCUCGCUCUCAUCGCUUCGGCGACCCCGAUCGCUAAGGACACUGGCAUCCGCAUUCCCCUCAGGAAGCGUGCUUCAUUCACGCUCUCCGACGGGACUGUCGACCGCUACGCAGUCGCUCAGGAGCGCGUCCGUGUUAUCAACAAGCACCGCGCGAACCUGAUCCACAUAAACAACACGAUUGGUCUCGAGAACUUCAACCCUGGCGCAUUUAUCCCGCCCGUCGCGAAGCUCCCUGAAGAGUACCUCCAGAAGCGACAGGCCGAGCCUCUUACUGAGGAUGAUGGCGAGUGGGACGGUGAUGAUGUCACCAUCGGCACACCCGCCCAGAAUUUCAUUAUCGACUUUGACACCGGGUCGUCCGACCUCUGGGUCGCCUCGUCGAACUGCGACAGCUGUGAGUCACAGGACUCGUACGACCCCUCGGCGUCCUCGACGAGCGAAGAGCAGAGCGGAACGUUCAGCAUCGAGUACGGCGACGGCUCCACCGCGUCUGGUCCGAUCUAUACUGACGAUGUGAGCGUCGCUGGCAUCUCUGUCACUGGACAAUACCUCUCUGGUGUGACCAGCGAGACCGGAAACCUCGUCGGUAGCCCCAGCGAUGGCCUGAUGGGCAUGGCAUGGCCGGCUCUGUCACAGCUGGACGCUAACCCCUUCUUCUGGACGGCCAUUGAUCAGGGUGCAGUCUCCGAGGGCGUGUUCGGUUUUUACCUGAGCUCCGGCACAUCUGAGCUGUACCUCGGCGGCACGGACACGCAGUACUACAGCGGGGAUAUUGAGUACCACGACCUCACCUCCUCCUCUGGCUUCUGGCAGAUUGGCACCGCGAGCGGCACAAUUAAUGGCGAGACCGCCGUUACGGGUAUUGACACGGUCAUCGACUCUGGAACUACACUCAUGUACGGCCCGACGGACGCGGUUGAGGACUUCUACAACCAGGCUGGUGCUACCUCCCUCGGCGAUGGCGCUUACGGCUUCCCUUGCGACUCAUUCCCCACGGUCGCCUUUUCCUGGGGCGGUAACACAUGGACCAUCAGCAACGACUACUUCAACCUUGGUGAUGCCGGAAAUGGUGUCUGCCAGGCUGCUCUCGGUGGCGGGGACCUCGGCUUGGGCAGCGACGUCUGGCUGUUCGGCGACACUUUCAUGCAGAACGUAUACACCGCCUUCAACGUCGACAACAGCGCGGUUGGCUUCGCCACCCUUGCAUGA